UGAUACUGAUAAAAACUUUACACGACUAAAUUAUUUAUUUUUGCAGUUUCUGUUACAUAUUUCUUUGUUUUUCACCAUAUAUGAGGUGUCAUGCGAAAGAACACCUCUUUUAACGACCGGGUGACUAUAAAUCUCGGGUUUGACCCUAGCCGCAGUUUCAGUGAGACUGGGAAAAGCAAGUCUAUCACCAGGGCAUGGCGAAGGUUAUCUAGUCUCCAGAGGACUGUGAUCCUGCUGCUGGUGUGUGUGGCAUGCAUGUGUGCAGUAUACUACUCACCGGUGUUCCAGAUGGAGGUAGGCAGACCACGUGCACAGACCAAAGACCAUCCAAUCGACAUGCUGCCACCAGGUUGGAAGCCACCAGAAGCACCAAGGAAUCCUGUAGUGAUGAAUUCAGGAAACAGAGAUGAGGAAGAGGCUAAGGUGGUAGAUUUCCCCCUGAAGGUUGACAAGGAGGAGAAACAGGAGCAAAUUCACAACCCCAUGGAGAACAAGCCAGCUGAUAAGCCCCUUGCUGACCAGCAGGUGGAGGUGGACAAAUCUAAUGGACCAGGCCGGAGGUUCGAAGCUGUUGUGGAGUAUGACUACUUCAAUAGUAAUCGUCAGAACAAUGCACAACAGAAAGCAAUUAUCGAGGCAUUCAAGGAGUGCUGGGAAGCGUACAAAAAACACGCCUGGGGUCAUGAUGAGUUCCAUCCUAUAUCUAAGAGGUUUUCUGAGUGGUUUGGUGUGGGAUUGACCAUCAUCGACUCCAUAGAUACAGCCAUUAUCAUGGGUCUGAAAGAUGAGUAUGAGGAGGCCCGGGAGUUUGUAGCGAAGGACCUGUCACUGGACCGUGACCAGGACGUGAACUUGUUUGAGAUCACAAUCAGGGUCCUGGGAGGCAUGCUGAGCUCAUAUCAUCUCACUGGGGAUAACCUCUUUAAGGAGAAGGCUAAAGAGCUGGGUGACCGGUUAUUGCCAUGUUUCAACUCCCCGUCCCGGGUGCCGUACUCGGACGUGAACCUGCGCUCUGGUGUGGCUCAUGCACCGCGCUGGGGUCCGGACAGCAGCACCUCCGAGGUUACAACAAUACAGCUUGAGUUCAGGGAUCUGUCAGCUGUCACAGGCGAUCCAAAAUAUAGAGAAGCAGUAGACGAAGUAUACAGCCACGUCCACAGCGAGCCCAAGAAAGACGGGCUGGUGCCAAUCUUCAUCAACGCCCAGACUGGAAAGCUGCGUAACUCUGCAACCAUCAGUGUUGGGGCACGCGGAGACAGCUACUACGAAUACCUGCUUAAACAGUGGCUUCAGACAGGCAAGACUGAGGACAAGUACAAGUUUGACUACUUGGAGGCUGUGAACGGCAUGAAGCAACACCUGUUCAAAAAGUCUGAGCCUUCCAAGCUCACAUACCUUGGAGAACUGAUUGGCGGGCGAAGCUUUGCUCCCAAAAUGGACCAUCUUGUGUGCUUCAUGGGCGGAACCCUCGCCCUGGGGCAGGCCAAUGGGCUGCCAGACGAUCAUCUGGAUCUGGGCUCAGAGCUCACACGCACAUGCUAUGAGAUGUAUGCCCGCAUGCCCACCAAGCUGAGCCCGGAGAUUGUUUACUUCAACCAGGCAGAGGGCGCUUCAGAAGACCUCAUUGUGAAGCCUCUCGAUUCCCACAACCUUCUGAGACCAGAGACUGUGGAGAGCCUGUUUUACCUGUAUAGAAUCACCCAGGAUGAAAAAUAUCGCGAGUGGGGCUGGAAAAUAUUCUUGGCAUUCAAAAAGUAUGCACGUGUCGAGGGGUUCGGAUACUCUUCCAUAAACAAUGUGAAAAACGCCGGUGGGAAUAAUUACAGAGACAAAUUAGAGAGCUUUUUCCUCGCAGAGACUUUGAAGUAUUUAUAUUUAUUGUUUAGUGACGAUCCAGAUUUAAUUCCCCUGGACAAAUUUGUGAUAAACACUGAGGCCCAUCCAUUGCCUAUAUACUCGAAACCUUUCUCGAAUUGAUUAUCCACCCCUGUUUAACAGGAGCAUUGUGUGCUUGUACGUGUUGUGAUGGGCUUUUUCAUGUGAAAUAUCGGGAAAGCAUAUAGCUCAUUCAAAUUUGAAUGUCGAUUAUAGCUUCGCUUUGGGCAGUAUUCACGAUAGUUUGUAAAACUUGUUUGUUAUAGAGAUAUUAAUGAAAUAUUUUAAAACGCCAUCUCAUCGUAAACACAUAACUGAAGGUUUAGAAAUUUACAGCAGUAGAAAUAAUCUUGAGCCCUUAACUGGGGCAAUAUGAUAGUAUAUAAAAUUUGGGGAGAAUAGAUUGUGCUAACCACUGCGCUAAGUGGACUGGUCCAAGGAUUUCUAUUGCUGAUAUUAAUUUAAAAAAUGACAGAAAAUUCUCUAUUUUGCCAAAGGCUUGAGUAACACCAUUAAAAAUUGAAUUAUUUUAGGCUUGCAUUUACAAUAUUCUGCUCAAUAAACAAGUUGUUGUUUGGUUUUUGUUCAUAAAAGUAAUUAAAAUAACUCGAUUUCGGCAAAGUUCUUAAAUCUUGUUGCCAACUUGAAAUCUGUGAGUCCUUUUAAAGCUUUAAAGUACUUUAAUGUAAGAAGUUAGGCUCAUUGGUCCAGAAGUCUUACGUCGAUGACGUUUGUCACUAUAAAAUAAAAAAAAACCUCUUCUUUUGUUACACACCUUCAUCACUGUGACUAAAAUCAAAUUUUUAAUGUUUACUGCAAGUCAUUCACAAAAUCAACUACAUAGUUGAAGUUCCCUAUCAGAAACCUUGGCAUUGGCUUUUGAAGUAAUUUAUUAUUUGCAGGCUUUGUGCUUAAUGUAACUUGAUAUUACAGCAUUCUUGUGCUAUGCCUUCAUACUGUGUAUUACCAGCAUUACUUGAGCGCCAAAAGAAACUCUGUCACUUUCUGAUAUUGUCACUUCAAUGUUGUACUUGUUAGUUUGUCUGUAAAUUGAAGAGAAAAAGUCUGGAUAUUGUGAUAACUUGGUGUUGUCGGGGGCGACCUCAUGAUUUGUUAUUAACCUUGGCCUUGACUAAAUAAUGUUCAAAAAAUUCAAUUGAAACUUGAUACAAAAUAAUGCUGAUAGAGACAAUAUGCUCAUGUAUAGCAAGAUGCAUAACUCUAGCUUUAAUUAAUAUUGAGUUAUGACUAUUGUUUGACUGAAAAAUUACAUUCGAGCGUUGGCAUUCACUCCAUGGUGUUCUUGUUUUUGUGUGCUGUCACCCUUUGAGCCAGUUAUGCAUGGUUUACAAUGUGACUGAUCCCAUUAUUUAAUCCUUUAAAGCUGCAUUCUCACAGAUAAACCGGGUUUUUUUUUGUCUUAGAAAGAGCAAAUGUUUGCGUAAAUAUCUGCAAACCGAUGAUAAAAGAUUGCUGUCAAAAGAUCAGAUCGCAGAUUUUCAUAUUUCCUUUCGAAAAAUUAAUGUUUUAUGUUUUAAACCAUUAUUAAAGGUUUAAGAAAAAUACAUACACCAUCAAUUUUUGAACUUAAAUAUAAAAAUCUAAUUUUUUGUCAGCAGUCUUAUAUAACUGGUUUCAAUGCAUUUUCGCAAAAAAUUGGUUCGUUCCAAGACAAGAGUUCAAUCUGUGAGAGUGCAGCUUUAAAAGCAAGAUGAAAUCAGAUCAUUCCCUAGGUUUUAAAUUCACAAUCUUGUCGAUAAUCGCAAGAACUUGCAAAAUUUGCGAAAUUGCAAAAACUUUUACUUGGCAAAAUAAAAACCAUCCUCAGUCUGUUGGAGUAUUUAAUGCUUUUACAUUUGUAGAAGGUACAGGGCACAACGGGGUCACAGGGGGCAGAAGCGAAUUAUUUUAAUCUUAUAUACUAUGUAUAAAUAUAUAUUCUGUGCAUACAGUAAAAUAGGCUAAGAUUAAAUAAAAAUAGUUUGUUUCUGCUCCCUGUGAACGGGGUGAUUGAAUUACAGCUACUGAAAAUGGGCUGCUUUGUUACAUUGUAAAUUGUUAAAAAUAGUUAAAUCAACUAGGUUCAAACUCUUUUAAAAUGAGACCAACGUUUUUCUAUAUUUUGUCCAAUUUAUAAAAUAUUAAUUUGUAAUAGAUUUUUUCCUCUGACGUCAGGUAUAUAAUUUUGUAUCUAGGGCAUUAUGACUUGUUUUUGUUUUUUUAUAAAGUUAUAUAUAUAUAUAUGUGUAUCUCAGAGGUUUGAGUUGUUCUGUAAUAACACAAGACUUAUAAGUUCAAAAUUGUUCUAUAAUAGCAUAAGAGAUUUCUAAAUAUGAAAUUGUUCUAUAAAAGCACAAGACAUUUCUAAGGAUGAAAUUGUUCUAUAAAAGCACAAGACAUUUGUAACGGUGAAAUUGUUAUAUAAUAGCACAAUACAUUUGUAGCAGUGAAAUUGUUAUAUAAUAGCACAAGACAUUUGUAACGGUGAAAUUGUUAUAUAAUAGCACAAGACAUUUGUAACGGUGAAAUUGUUAUAUAAUAGCACAAGACAUUUGUAACGGUGAAAUUGUUAUAUAAUAGCACAAGACAUUUGUAACGGUGAAAUUGUUAUAUAAUAGCACAAGACAUUUGUAACGGUGAAAUUGUUAUAUAAUAGCACAAGACAUUUGUAACGGUGAAAUUGUUAUAUAAUAGCACAAGACAUUUGUAACGGUGAAAUUGUUAUAUAAUAGCACAAGACAUUUGUAACGGUGAAAUUGUUAUAUAAUAGCACAAGACAUUUGUAACGGUGAAAUUGUUAUAUAAUAGUACAAGAGAUUUCUAAGGAUAAAGUUGUUCUAAAGAAGCACAAGAGAUUUCUAAGUUUGAAAUUGUUCUAUAAAAGCACAAGAGAUUUCUAAGGAUCAAAUUGUUCUAUAAAAGCACAAGAGAUUUCUGAGGAUCAAAUUGUUCUAUAAAAGCACAAGAGAUUUCUGAGGAUCAAAUUGUUCUAUAAAAGCACAAGAGAUUUCUGAGGAUCAAAUUGUUCUAUAAAAGCACAAGAGAUUUCUGAGGAUCAAAUUGUUCUAUAAAAGCACAAGAGAUUUCUGAGGAUCAAAUUGUUCUAUAAAAGCACAAGACAUUUCUGAGGAUCAAAUUUUUCUAUAAAAGCACAAGACAUUUCUAAGGAUCAAAUUUUUCAUUUCUAAGGAUCAAAUUGUUCUAUAAAAGCACAAGACAUUUCUAAGGAUGAAAUUGUUCUAUAAAAACACAAGACAUUUCUAAGGAUGAAAUUAUAAUACAAUAAAAAAGUCAGAGUUUGAAAUUGUUCUUUGAUAUCACAUCAUGUUUCUUAGUUUGAUUUUUUUUCUAUAAUAACAUCAGACAUUUGGAAGAUGGAAAUAAUUCUAUAAAAGCACAUCUUGUCUCCUGGUUUAAAAUUGUUCUAUAAUAACACAUCUUUUUUCUUAGUUCAAAAACGUUCUGUAAUAAUCCAAGAUGUUUCAAUAUUAACCUAUUAUAUCUGGACUCCUGAUGAUGCCUUUCUCUCUGUGAUAUUGUUAAUGCUGAUGGUUGAAAUAUAAUUGUCAAUAUAUAUUGUGUUUUAUGAUGUAAUUUUAUUGUUAUUUAAGUAGUUUAGGUUUUAUUUUUUUAGCUAAUGAUGAAAAAUGUUUUUGUUUAGUUCAUAAAAAUCUUUUCAUUCUAACAUUUUGAAAACAGAAACUAACGAAAGCAUUUAGUUUUUUAAUUUUCAAUCUGAGAAAGUUUUUAAGUUUUUAUUAACUCUUUUGCUUGUUGAAGGCAAUGUUCAGUUAUGGUGAAUUAAAAAGGGCGAUAAAAGGAAAUAGAAAAUAAAAAUACUGUCAUUACCACGAUCAACAUAACGUUACGUACCAUCUGGGAGAAAAUGGAAUAAUUUUUGAGUAAAUUGUAUUUUAGGGAGUUAUAAAAAUAAAUUAGUUUUAUGGUAAAGUGUAUUUUCUGGGAGAUACAAAAAUGGAAUAAUUUUGGUGAUGUGUUGUGAAGUUUGAAACCAUAGCCUAUUAUGUAUUCAAAAAUAAAAAUAUUUACUAUUUUUGCUUUGAAGAUACAAAAGGUUGCCUUUGUUGUCACCAAAAGCAAGUAGCAUUUGAAGUCAGAUGGGGUGCCACACCGAGCUUUUAACAAUUAUUUUUUUUAGAAAUAUCAAUUAUUAUCUGGAAGGUCAAUUUACCAAACUGUCUUGCAAACUAUUGUACAGUUGUGAAGAUUGUUUCUGCACAGCCAUUUGCAUUAAAAAGAGUAGGAAGUACCUUGAAAUAAAAUAUAAAUGAGUUCGCCAAAAUUUUGGUGGAGGCCCCUUAACCCUGCUUUGGGCUUGAUCCCUUUCUACUCAGACAGGCAGCUGCCUAUCAGCUUUAGAACACCUGCAUUAUUAUGAUGGUUUUGCAUUUAACUGCAUUGUUUUAGUUUUUCUUAUUUGUCACAGAAAUGUUUAUUUGUACAUUAUAUCUCCACUCACACACCCCUAUAUAGAUAACUAAGGCCUAAAAAUAUAAUUUGUUGGUUUCUGGUUUCAUGCCCAAAAAAUAACAUGGUAGGUAGGUCGGAAAAUCCUUUAGGUGAAUAGUUUUUAUUAUCGGUAGCCUUUUUUUUUGUUAUAUUUUUUACCCCAAAACUAUGGAUUUAAUGCUUUAAAACAUUGAUACACUCAAAAACACUUCAUUUUUAACUUUAAAUAGAUUAAAUUAAAAAAAAUAAAAAAAAAUAUAUUUCUCAAGGCAAAUAAAAAUGUCUAGGCUCGGGGCAAAAAAUAGGAAAGGCUAGAAACAAACACCUUUGAUUUAUUUUAGGCCUAAAUCAUUAAUAUUUCACAUUAUUUUAUCUUUUUGUAGAAUAUUUUUGUUCUAACUCAUGAUUUUGUUAGUCAUGCAGAGGUAAAAUGGAACAAGAUUCUUGGAUAGGCCUAAGGUUGUAUAAAAUUGAAACUGAUGAAUAUCAGCAGUUCUAAAGGUCAGGAUAAAUCCCUGAAUCAGGAAUGAGUACUUUUAACUUCAUACUAUUGUAAAGUUUGUAGUUUUUUGCCAAGACGUUAUAAUGCAUCAAAAACAGUAGAAAUUUCCUUCAAAUGCAGUAAAGGACAAUUUCAAUUAUACUCAUACAGAACCCAGCUAUGUUUCAUGAUUGACAAUCAUCGGCUGUUAGACAUGACAUGUACACUGUCACAUUUCAACCAGUGUGACAUUUACAUCAUGUAUGGUUAUACUUAAUUAGUGUUUGAAUUUCAUUAAAAUAUUCAUUACUUUGUGUGUAGAUUUUUUUAUUUCAUUAACAGAGUCGUUGAAAGCUAAUUGGAUCUAUUGGCUAUUUAAACUGUUUUAAACAGAAUGACUCUCAAAUUUAUGCCUCUAUUAUUUUAAAACUUGUAUCUUCUAAAAUGGCAUCUUUUUCAGUAAAUAUGGUUUAAAAUCUGAGCUCUUAGUUGUGUGAUUAAUAAUCCUUUUACUAUUAAAUCUAGCAAACAUUUUUUCAAAUUCCAUUGUUCACAUUCUUGUACACCAGAGUGGUGAUUCCAUGCGUACAACAUUUUGGAUUAUCAUUGUCAAACUUCUGAUAAAUAUGAAUGAAAUAAAAUAAAUCAAAGACAGCAAUUGGUAGACAUUAAGUCUACAAUCAUGCAAAUAAGAUGAUUAAAAUAAAUUCAGUCCCUUUUCAUUAGAAAAGGUUUUAAACUUGUAAUUAAAUUAUUUAUUUUUUUCGAAUGUUUAUAGUUCAUAGUUUCAGGUUGUACUUGAAGAAAAGUCAAUGAUUGUAUGAUUAUGCUCAAAUACUAGUCACUGAUAUUAACUUGUUUAUGUGUAUUUGUUGGUAUAUUGUGAAUUGCCACAACAAGAAAAGGGACUUAAAGUAAUAACUAUAUUUUUUCAUUUUUAGUUAAAGCUACACUCUCAAAGAUUGGAUGUUUUGACUUUUUAUUUUUUGUCUUAGAAGGAGCAAAUUUUGUGAAAAUGCAUGGAAACCAGUGAUAUAAAAUUGCUGACAAAAGAUCAGAUCGCAGGUUUUCAUAUUUAUGUUAAAAAAUUGAUAUUUUAUGCAUAUUUUAAGCGACAGUAAUGCUUUUAACCAUAAAACAUUAAGUUUCAAACGUAAAUAUGAAAAACUGUGAUAUGAUCCUUAAUCAGCAGUCUUAUAUCACAGGUUUUCACAUAUUUACGCUAAAAUUGGCUCAUUCCAAGACAAAAAAUAAAAGUUGUUAAAAACGGUAAAUGUGUGAGCUUUAAUGAUCUCAUAUCAAAUAAUUAUUAUGUUAUCAUAAAAAAGAAGCUUAAAUUUCCUUGAAAGUACCAUGAACCUUAAAAACAUGUCCAAUCAUGGGUGCUGCCAUUCUAUAUUUAGAAGCAAAUGACAAUGAUGUCAUAUUUCCUACAUGUCCAUCAUUCUAUAUUUAGUAUCAGUUGACUAUGAUGUCAUAUUACCUACAUGUCCACAUGGUUGCUGCCAUUCUAUUUUUAAUAUCAGUUGACUAUAAUGUCACAUUUCCUGUUUGUAUCCUGAUUAUUGAUACAACUAUUUCUGCUUGUGACUGUUCUUGUGAAACAGCGAUAUACUGAGAUUAUUAUUAUAGGUUACAGGGUUAUAUGGGGCAAAGGAAACCGUAUCUUUGUUCUUACCCGAAUAUGGUUUCCUGUGCCCCUUAUAUUUCUUAUCGGGUUACCUUAUUCCUGAAGACUUCAUGUCGAUGACCUGUUUAAAGAAAUAUGUUUCAUUUAUUCAUCAAAAUCCGAAAAAGACACCUUUUUGGUACAAUAUAAAGAUCAGUGACCCUAUCUGGAAUUAAAUAGGGUCAACGGAUGACCAGUCCUUGACCAAUGGCGAUGGUUGCGUCAUUUAUGUUGGAAGCGUGAUUAUAGGAAAUUAUAAGCUUGUACAGGGGAGGGUUACAUAGACGGAGGCUACUACACAUCUCUCUGUAAGAGCCCUAUUUAUGUAAAUUAACAUACUGAAUCAGAAAAGUGCUAUCUGGUUAAAAAAUAGAAAAAAGUUAAUUGAUUAAAAAAGAGACACUAAAUUGAAAUAACCCUGUCCAAAAUGCAGCAAAAUUCUAGGUGGUGCUGUAAUGCUAACUUAGCAUUACAUGGACUUUGGUUGUAGAGCAAUAAAUAAUAAUCAGUGAAUAAAGUAACCCACUUAGAACCAAACAGCUAGUAUAUAUCACAUCUUCUCAUUUAUUUAAUUCAUUAUGAGACAUUGUGUUUCAUGUGCAGUCUUAGCUUCUAAUGUUCAUUGCUCAGUAGUCAAAUUUUCAGUUAGAGAAAAAGUACCUUUCUAAGGAAGAAGUUUGGUUUUACAGUUGUAAGUUAUUGUCUUUAGUCCAGUGUUUUAUUUGUGAAAACACAGUGGCAGUUUCUCUGUAUUUGAAAAAAACAAUGAGAACCCUGUAUAUAAUAUUCCAAAGGUUGGAAAAGUUCUACAUGUACGGCUAUGACUGUUAUAUAAUGGUAAAUAUGAAAUAAUUAUUAUAUAAUUUUGCAAUAUAUACAAAAUAGUAUAAUGCAUUUCUUUUUCUUUUUUAAACGUCUAUGUACAAUGUACUAGUUUAUAGAUUGUGCAAAGAUGUGCAGUUUCUGUAUGUUGUGUUUUCAUUCCAGUUAGAGAUGUAUUAGCAUUAAAAUGUAUAUCUGGGUUAUGUUAUUGUAGGUUUGUGUGAACAAUUAAGGAACUGUUAGAAAUGGAUUCUUUUGUCAUUUUGUUAUAUGUUUGAACAUGAUCAUGAUAGGAAUAAAUGCAUUACUGAACUAGUGUGUAGAAUAAAAUUGUUGAAAAUGAA